CACAGCUUUGUAGAACCAAAACAUACACAGACUCUGCUCAAUAAACUCGAUAAUGAAUCGUUUGGGGGGCUGCAGUUCGCGAACGAAUGCUUAUCACCUUGCCUGGCUACCCAGGGACGUUAGUUUAUUUUCCGCAAUGAGAAGUAUGUAGCAAACGCCUGAAGCGGAAAAUGUAGUGCGAGUUGUCUGGCCACUUUUCACCCUCACAGCAGUCAAGCAAUACGUUCCUCCAAGAGUCGUUCGCAAUCUAGUCCGGUUCGGGCAACAACUAGACCUCGUUCAAAAUGUAUCAAGAAGUAAUCUUAUUUGUAUGUCAUGCAAUCAACAAAUGUAUAUUGUCUCAGUCACAAAUGACAGCUCCAAUAAGCCUUCCAUAGUGAGUCUUUACUCUGCUCGUAGAAUCAUGUCUCACGAGUUUUAAGUUCAUCGUUCGCUGGUACAUGUAGGGCGUCCUCCAUGCCCUGGUCAUUACUGACUUAAAUGAGUCGAAAAGAUCCGAGUCAGUAAAAAGAGCCUAACUUCCCAUUACUAGUAUUUUCGUGCACAACCAAUACGCUUUGUGGUAAAAUCGAAAAAGAGGAAUCGCGGCUUCGGGACUAAUGGGAUUGGAUACGAUGUUUACCCGAAGUACGGGUGUAUUCAUUACGGAAACCGUUUACCAUUGAAUAACCAAACGGAAGCAAACAUAUAAAAACUAGAAUAUCUAUUGGACAAAAGCAGGUAUGUCCCGCCCCGUUUUUUAACAGCUUGCUUCCGCCAAAGAAACGCUUUGCAACGUAAUCGGUGUAUUUAAAAUGUCCAAGGUGGUACACACCUUCAAUGACAAUGCCACCUGUCAAAAACGUUUGUCAGACAGGCCGAGUAUAUGGCAGAGAGAGGACGGUAAAAAAUAAUCUAGCUAGGACAGCUCAUUGAAGUCGUGUAGCUAGCUAACUCUAUUCUAACGGCCGCAGAUAUCUCAACACAUAUAUAUUAGCUAGCAAGUUUAUAUCACAUUUGCCUAGCUAGGACUAGACCGAAUCUUGACUUUAGCCAGCUAACGUUACAGUAUAGCUAGCUAGGUAGUAAGCGACGUAACUAGCUACUAGCUUCACUAGUUAGCUGGCUUCCCGGCCUAGCUGUGCAAUUUACGUGUUGCAUCAAGCUGUGUCGGUAUCAAAAAGUAGCUAAUAAUAGUUACUUGACAGAUCACUGCACCCUGAAUCGCAAACUUGUGCUUGAAGACUGGUGAUGGACUUUCUUGCUGGCUGCAUUGGAGGUGCUGCCGGAGUCUUAGUAGGACACCCUUUUGACACGGUUAAGGUGAGACUACAGGUCCAGAAUGUGGACAAGCCUCUUUACCGCGGGACCUACCACUGUUUCCAGUCCAUCGUACGACAGGAGUCAAUGUUUGGGCUGUACAAAGGCAUCGGCUCCCCCAUGAUGGGCUUAACCUUUGUCAAUGCCAUAGUGUUUGGAGUGCAGGGCAACACCAUGCGUUACCUGGGCCAUGACACCCCUAUGAACCAGUUCCUGGCUGGAGCCGCAGCUGGGGCAAUACAGUGUGUCAUCUGCUGCCCCAUGGAGUUGGCCAAGACACGCAUGCAGAUGCAAGGCACUGGGGAGAAGAAGUCCAAGAGGAAGCUGUACAAGAAUUCCCUCGACUGUCUAGCACAUAUCUACAAGCGGGAGGGGCUGCGGGGCGUGAACCGCGGCAUGGUCACCACAUUGAUCCGAGAGACCCCCUGCUUUGGAGUCUACUUCCUGACUUACGACAUCCUGACCCGCUCCAUUGGCUGCGAGCCCGGCGACCGUUACAUGAUCCCCAAGCUGCUAUUUGCCGGCGGGAUGUCCGGGGUCACCUGCUGGCUGUCCACCUAUCCUGUGGACGUGAUUAAGUCCCGCCUCCAGGCGGACGGGGUGGGUGGAGUCUACCAGUACAGCAGCAUCGCUGACUGCGUGCGGAAGAGUGUGAAGAGGGAGGGGCUCAUAGUGUUCACGAGAGGUCUCACCUCCACCCUGCUCAGGGCUUUUCCCGUCAACGCUGUCACAUUUGCCACAGUCACUCUGGUGCUGAUGUACGCACGGGGGGUGGAGGAGGGGCCCAAGGACAGUGAACCCGUGACCCCCGUCACAACUCACCACACACAGCUACAGCAGCAGGCCCAAGCCUCCAGCCUGUGACCUGAGUCUGGAGGUGUUACACCCACCUGAGCUGCUCUACUGUGGGGUGGGGGAGGGAGGGAGGGAAACCCUUAGGGCCAAAUGCACUUUGAAUCUAUGGAAGCACACAGACUCCUGAUUCAGCUGUAUGUAUAUCUAUAGAUAUGCAGUGUCUCCACUUGACUUGUAAAUAUAAUUUACUCAAAGCACUGAUAUCGUUGGAAGAUGAGACAAAGAAAGAAAAUUGAAUGUAGUGAGACAGAUGUUGAACCCAAAGCUUGAUAUGCCCCUAAUAUUUAUUCCAAAAAGCACAAUAGUUGCGGUUAUGGUUAGGUCACUGGUACGACCACAAGUCCACUAACUAGGACUGUAAUCCAAUCAAAUGUUAUGUGUCACGUACUUUGUAGACAACAGGUGAAAUGCUUACUUACGGGUCCUUUUCCCAGCAAUGCAGAUUUAAAGAUAAUAUAUAUUUAUUAAAUAAAGAAUAAAAAUAGGGACAUGGGGAAUAAAUACACAGUAAAUAACAUAAGAAUAAUGAUUCAAAAUAACAUGGCACUAUACAAACGAUGUGCAGGGGUACUAGAUAAUUGAGGUACAGUUUAAGUCGGAAGUUUACAUACACCUUAGCCAAAUACGUUUAAACUCAGUUUUUCACAAUUCCUGACAUUUUAAUCCUAGUAAAAAUUCCCUGUCAUAGGUCAGUUAGGAUCACCACUUUAUUUUAAGAAUGUGAAAUGUGAUCUUAUUUCAGCUUUUAUUUCUUUCAUCACAUUCCCAGUGGGUCAGAAGUUUACAUACACUCAAUUAGUAUUUGGUAGCUUUGCCUUUAAAUUGUUUAACUUGGGUCAAACAUUUCGGGUAGCCUUCCACAAGCUUCCCACAAUAAGUUGAGUGAAUUUUGGCCCAUUCCUCCUGACAGAGCUGGUGUAACUGAGUCAGGUUUGUAGGCCUCCUUGCUCGCACACGCUUUUUCAGUUCUGCCCAUAAUUUUUCUAUAGGAUUGAGGUCAGGGCUUGACUUUGUUGUCCUUAAGCCAUUUUGCCACAACUUUGGAAUUAUGCUUGGACUCAUUGUCCAUUUGGAUGACACAUUUGCGACCAAGCUUUAACUUCCUGACUGAUGUCUUGAGAUGUUGCUUCAAUAUAUCCACAUAAUUUUCCUGCCUCGUGAUGCCAUCUAUUUUGUGAAGUGCACCAGUUCCUCCUGCAGCAAGGCACCCCCACAACAUGAUGCUGCCACCCCCGUGCUUCACGGUUGGGAUGGUGUUCUCCGGCUUGCAAGCCUCCCCCUAUUUCCUCCAAACAUAAUGAUGGUCAUUAUGGCCAAAAAGUUAUAUUUUUGUUUCAUCAGACCAGAGGACAUUUCUCCAAAAAGUAUGACAUUUGUCCCCAUGUGCAGUUUCAAACCGUGGUCUUGUCUUUUUUAUGGCGGUUUUGGACCAGUGGCUUCUUCCUUGCUGAGUGGCCUUUCAGGUUAUGCCGAUAUAGGACUCGUUUUACUGUGGAUAUAGAUACUUUUGUACCUGUUUCCUCCAGCAUUUUCACAAGGUCCUUUGCUGCUGUUCUGGGAUUGAUUUGCACUUUUCGCACCCAAGUACGUUCAUCUCUAAGAGACAGAACUUGUCUCCUUCCUGAGCGGUAUGAUAGCUGCGUGGUCCCAUGGUGUUUAUACUUGCGUACUAUUAUUUGUACAGAUGAACGUGGUACCUUCAGGCGUUUGGAAAUUGCUCCCAAGGAUGAACCAGACUUGUGACAAUUUUUUUUCUGAGGUCUUGGCUGAUUUCUUUUGAUUUACACAUGAUGUCACGCAAAGAGGCACUGAGUUUUAAGGUAGGCCUUGAAAUACAUCCACAGGUACACCUCCAGUUGACUCAAAUUAUGUCAAGUAGCCUAACAGAAGCUUCUAAAGCCAUGGCAUCAUUUUCUGGAAUUUUCCAAGCUGUUUAAAGGCACAGUUAACUUAGUGUUUGUAAACUUCUGACCCACUGGAAUUGUGAUACAGUGAAAUAAUCGGUCUGUUAACAAUUGGGUGUCAUGCACAAAGUAGAUGUCCUAACCAACUUGCCAAAACUCUAGUUUUGUUAACAAGAAAUGUGUGGAGUGGUUGAAAAACAAACACGUUUUAAUGACUCAACCUAAGUGUAUGUAAACUUCCGACUUCAACUGUAGCUAUGUUGUGUACAUAUAGAUAGGGGUGAAGUGACGAGGCCACAGGAUAGAUAAUACACAGUAGUAACAGCAGCAGCGUGUGUGUUCGUUUUUAACUACUUGUGGGGACCAGAAGUUCCCUCAAUAGUAAACUAAUAAAAAAUUGACCAACUGGGGACAUUUAUUUGGCCCCCACAAGGUCAAAUGCUAUUUCUAGGGGGUUUAGCGUUAAAAAUUAGCGUUAGGUUUUCAGGUUAGGGUUAGGGAGAAUAGGAUUUUGAAUUGGACUGAAUUGUGUGUCCCCACAUGGUUAGUUGUACAAGACUGUGUGGCGCCCCUGUGUUGAGGGUCAGCAUGGUGAAUGUGGUGUUGCCUACCUUCACCACCUGGGGGAGGCCCAUCAGGAAGCCCAGGACCCAGUUGCAGAGGGGAAGGGGGAUAUCUAGUCAGUUGUACAACUGAAUGCCUUCAACUGAAAUGUGUCUUCCACAUUUAACCCAACCCCUCUGAAUCAGAGGACGGGUUCAGUUCCAGGGACCUUAGCUUAGUGCCCUCAAAGCUCAUCACUAUGGUGUUGAACGCUGAGCUGUAGUUAAUAAACAGCAUUCUCACGUCGGUGCUCCUUUUGUCUAGGUGGGAAAGUACAGUGUGGAGUGCAAUAGAGAUUGUUUCAUCUAUGGAUCUGUUUGGACGAUAUGCGAUUUGGAGUGUGUCCAGGGUGUCUGGGAUGAUAGUGUUGAUGUGAGCCAUGACCAGCAUUUCAUGGUUACAGAUGUGAGUACUACGGGGCGAUAGUCAUUUAGACAUGUUACUUUGGCUUUCUUGGGCACAGGAAUAUGGUGGUCUGCUUGAAACAUGUACACUACCGUUCAAAAGUUUGGGGUCACUUAGAAAUGUCCUUGUUUUUUUAAAGAAAAGCAAAAAUAAUGAAUUAUAAUUGACGCAUCACAAGUCCUCAACUGGCAGCUUCAUUAAAUAGUACCCGCAAAACACCAGUCUCAACGUCAACAGUGAAGAGGCGACUCCGGGAUGCUGGCCUUCUAGGCGAGGUUUCUGUUUCUCAAACUAGACACUAAUGUACUUGUCCUCUUGCUCACUUGUGCACCGGGGCCUCCCACUCCUCUUUCUAUCCUGGUUAAAGCCAGUUUGCUCUGUUCUGUGAAGGGAGUAGUACACAGCGUUGUACAAGAUCUUCAGUUUCUUGGCAAUUUCUGUUAAGAUAAUUAUGUUCUCAAUGUUCAUAAACUGAAUUUCAAUUAAACUACUCGGUCUGUUACCAAGAAUUUGUAAGGUUCUUGUUGAAAUGAAAUGGACAGAGGCCAGUCUACAAUAGUCAGAAUGUUUAUUUAUGAGAGCUCUGCCCAUCCUUAUAUGUACAUUGUUUUAUAUACUUCUCAUUUCGUCAUAACUGUCCCUCCUCCUCUAAGACAAUGACGAUAUAGUUCACAAGUCUUCUCCUUCUCAUACAUUGUCUGCCACCUGUUAUACAAUCUACUACAAGCCCAAGGUCUCUCCCCUGCCUGGGUGGGGACAGAAUGUCCUGAAAGGAACACAGUAGUACAGCUUGUCUGUCGAUAGCUUCUCUUAUCUCAUACAUUGUUUCACACUUGCACCCUGCUUACAUACUAAAAAGGAACAAAAAGUCCUUGUUCUAAUUCUGACUAAAACUACCCACAUCAGAUUUAUAAUUUUAAUACAUUUCAUACAGUGACAGGGUAGAAUUCUGUUAGUUAUAGUUCUACGUUAAAUGUAUACAUAAUUUAGUCAUUAUUCAUAACAAUUUCUCACAUGGAAUAGCCUUCAUUUCUCAGAACAAGAAUAGACCGACGAGUUUCAGAAGAAUGUCCUUUUGUUUCUGGCCAUUUUGAGCCUGUAAUGGAACCCACAAAUGCUGAUGCUCCAGAUACUCAACUAGUCUAAAGAAGGCCAGUUUUAUUGCUUCUUUAAUCAGAACAACAGUUUUCAGCUGUGCUAACAUAAAGGGUUUUAUAAUAAUCAAUUGGCCUUUUUUAAAAGGAUAAACUUGGAUUAGCUAACACAACGUGCCAUUGGAACACAGGAGUGAUGGUUGCUGGUAAUGGGCCUCUGUACGCCUAUUUAGAUAUUAUAAAAAAUCAGCCGUUUCCAGCUACAAUAGUCAUUUACAACAUUAACAAUGUCUACACUGUAUUUCUUAUCAAUUUGAUGUUAUUUUAAUGGACAAUAAAUUAGCUUUUCUUUCAAAGACAAGGACAUUUCCAGGUGACUCAACUUUUGAACGGUAGUGUAGGUGUUACGGACUGGAUCAGGUAGAAAGUGUCAGUGAAGAAGACACUUGCCAGCUGCUCAGCGGAUGCUCUUGCAUUGUUCCGUGUUGCUUGCCUCGAAGCGAGCAUAGAAGGCACUUAGCUCGUCUGGUAGGCUCGUGUCACUGGGCAGCUCGUGAUUGGGUUUCUUUUUGUAAUCUGUGAUAGUUUGCAAGCCUUGCCACAUCCGACGAACGUAAGAGCCGGUUUAGUAGGAUUCGAUCUUGGUACUGUAUUGACACUUUGCCUGUUUGAUGGUUCAUCGGAAGGCGUAGCGGGACUUCUUAUAAGUGUCCGGAUUAGUGUCCCGCUCCUUGAAAGCAGAAGCUUUAGCUCAGUGCAGAUGUUGCCUGUAAUCUAUGGCUUCUGGUUGGGAUAUGUAUGUACGGUCACUGUGGGGACGAUGUAGUCAAUGCACUUAUUAAUGAAGCUGGUGACUGAUGUGGUGAACUCCUCAAUGCCAUCGAAUGAAUCUCAGAACAUAUUCCAUUCUGUGCUAGCAAAAUGGUGAUGUAGCAUAGCAUCCACUUCAUCGGACCACUUCCAAUUGAGCGUGUCGAUGGUAAUUCCAGUUUGAGUUUUUGCUUGUAAGCAGGAAUCAGGAAGAUAAAGUUAUGGUCUGAUUUGCCAAAUGGAAGGCGAGGCAGAGAUGUGUGUGGAGUGAAGGUGGUCUAGAGUUUUUCCCCUCUAGUUGCCAGUGGUGUAAAAAUACUUUCAAGUACUAAAGUAUUUUUUGGUUCUGUACUUUAUUUUAUAUUUGACAAAUGUUACUUUUACUUCACUACAUUUGUAAAGAAAAUAAUGUACUUUUCACUCCUUAUAUUUUCUCUGACACCCAAAAGUACUCGUUACAUUUUGAAUGCUUAGCAGGACAGGAAAAUUGUCUAAUUUACACACUUAUCAAGAGAACAUCCCUGGUUAUCCCUACUGCCUAUUAUCUGGCAGACUCACUAAGCAGAAAUACUUUGUAAAAUAAGAAAACCGUGCUGUCUGGUUUGCUUAAUAUAAGGAAUUUGAAAUGAUUUAUACUUUUAAUUUUGAUACUUAAGUAUAUUUUAGCUAUUUAAACUUACUUUUGAUACUAAAGUACAUUUAAAACCAAAUACUUUUACUCAAGUAGUAUUUUACUGGGUCACUUUCACUUGAGUCAUUUUCUUAAAGUAUCUUUACUUAUACUCAAGUAUUACAAUUGGGUACUUUUUCCACCACUACUAGUUGCGUAGGUGACAUGCUGGUAGAAAUGAGUAAAAACUGAAAUAAGUUUUUACUCUUCUUGCAUUAAAAUCAGCGGCCACUAAGAGCGCUGCCUCUGUCUGAGCAUUUUCUUGUUGGCUUAUGACCCUAAUAUAGCUUGUUGAGUGUGGUCUUAUUGCCAGGAUCGGUUUGUGGUGGUAAAUAGCCAGCUAUGAAAAAUACUACAGCUUAUCAUGAGGCAUUCUAACUCGGGCAAGCAGAACCUCGAGACUUCCUUCAUUUUAGAAAUUGCGCACUAGCUAGAUGUUAAAGGUCUGGUUAUGCAGUUUAUUCGCAUAUAGCUCAGUCCUCCUUGCACAGUAACUAUUCAGUAGUUUACUUCGGCCUCUAAGUAGACUUGUAUGUAGAGUAGUAGUUGAACUACAGCACUUCUCAUGUCUGAGCUGAAACAACAUACAGUAAGUAUACUGUACCUGAGCGAUAUCUCAAUGCUGAAGGAAAGCCCCAGAUGUGAUGAUUUGUUUGAAAUGUGAAUCAAAGAGUUUGGAAUAAUUUGAUGUAUAUUAUUGUGUGUUUUUGUUUUUAGAUGGGAUUUGUUUUGUCUUUGAUGUUAUACUUGUGUGUAAAUGUGAGAUUAAUUAUAUUUUUGUUUUUAAAGCUUUGAUUGGCAAAAUGUCUCUGUAAAAAUAUCGCAAAUGCUGCAGUGAGGAUUUUUGUGUGUAGCUUUAUGCAUGUUUGGUCAGUAUCAGAUCUUUAUUAUUAGUUGAGCCUGAACGUUACUGCCGAUUGCUGUUACCUAAUCUAGUUGCUUCUUGGACUGAUAACCCAUUGGCUCUCCUCAUCCUGUGUUCUUUAGUGUAUCUGUUACUGUUAACUCCUGGCCAUUAGAGGGUUUGUGAUUGGGUGUCUGUCUAUUUUUUACUGGUUUGUGAGCAACUGAGUAGUAUUUCCACAGAUUGGCAGAUUUCUCUCCUAUGUGUAUGAUGGGAACAUUUGUAUGUUCUUGAAUGAGGGUAUUCAUAUAGUAGGCUAUACACAUCUGUGGACCUAUGAUAGCCUUGAUACACAAUAUCCAUGUGUCUGUAAGGGGGGGAAGAACACGCACAUUGAAUUGUCUCUAGUGUGUUGCUGCUGUAAAUAACUAUCACUGUCACAACCUUCUGAAACAAAAAGGAUUCAGGAAAAUCCAAAGUGACAUUCUUUAAAAGAGCUUCUAUGACAUCAUAAUGGCAUUAUCUAAAACGGCCACAAUUACAUCAUCAUCUGAUUCUCUUAAACUGCCAAUAUGACAAUGACUUACUCUAAAAUAGCCACUAUGACAUAAUAACAUUCUCUAACAUAUCCACUAUGAUGUCAUACUGCAUUCGGAAAGUAUUCAGACGUCUUCACUUUUUCCACAUUUAAGAUUUUCAAAGAAGAAUGGGAGAAACUCCCCAAAUACAGGUGUGCGAAGUUAGUAGCAUCAUACCCAAGAAGACUCAACGCUGUAAUCACUGCUAAAGGUGCUUCAAAAAAGUACUGAGUAAAGGGUCUGAAAUAAUGAUGUAAAUGUGAUAUUUCAGGGGGGGUUUAUAUAAACUUGCAAAAAUGCCUAAACCUGUUUUUGAUUUGUCAUUAUGGGGUAUUGUGUGUGUGUGUGUAUAUAUUUGAUAAGGGAAAAAACAAUUUAAUCCUUUUUAGAAUAAGGCUGUAAUGUAACAAAAUUUUGGAUGUCAAGGGGUCUGAAUACAUUCCGAACGCACGGUAUGUACUGAAUUGUUGAAUGUAGCAAUGUUUUCGCACAAAAUGCACUCUGACUUUUACCAUGGAGGAUAAUAAACAUGUACUAUAGACCUGUAACGACCAGAGCUGCUGUUCUAUACAUUUUGGUUGGUUAGGGGUCAUUUGCUGCUUGGAUAAAACAUUCACAACCCUUAUUAUACUGCUGUCCUGCAGUCUACUGAAUUGGGAUUAUGGUUGUGGGUGGGGGGGGGGGGUAUUGCUGAGUGACAUUGUUUGCCAAUCAGAUCUGCCAGUGCUAAUUGUUCCUUUUUAACCUAUUUUCUGUUCAUUUUAACCUCUUGUAUGUUUUAUUGUGCUUAAUUGUAUUAAUUUCAAUGUUCUCAUACUCCUUCAGUCCUAGACACAACCGAGGCUAAAGUUAACAGACAAUUACAAAUCAUUUAGACUCUAGGUCUGUGGGAAGAUGCAAUAUGUACAAGUUAUGUCUGAUAAUCUGAUAGAUCAUUUAAAAAAGGAAAAUAUAAAACUAUAUUUUUCAAUUA